UUAGGCACAUCCCUCACAGGUGUGGUAGAAGAGUUAUAGGAGAGGAUGCCGGCCUGGGCCAAAAUGAAAAGGGAGAGUAAGGGACAACUGAUUUUGGUAGAUGUAGAGGUGUUCAGGAGUAGAGUAGGGGCCCUUAUAGACUUAGGGGCUACCCGUAGUUACAUCAGCCGUAGGGCGCUGAAGAAGCUGAGGCUAAGACUAAAGGUCCAAAAGUUAGUAGACCCCAUAGUCAGUGUCCUCGCGGACAACCGCACGAUGCGAGUUGAGGACUAUGUAGAGGGAGUCGAGGCGUACUUUCGCCUAGAGAAGGAUGGGAAGGUGGAGAAAGUCCUCCAUUCCCUGACUCUCCUCGUACAAGAUGACCUUCCUUUCGAUGUGGUUUUAGGAAUGGAUUGGGGAGAGGCAGCCGGGGCCACACUCCAUUUGAGAGAGCAUGAGUGUAGGCUCCCUAGUCCGUCAGGCGAGGUUAAGACUGCCCGCCUGUUUCAUGUGUCGGGUGUGGAUAACACCUUGGCACAUUGUUGUCUCAGUGCUCCUGCGUUUGCGCGAUUAGUGAGGAAGGAGCAGUUAGAGGAACAGGUCUUUGUAGUUUAUGUUAGACCUGUCACUGAGGCCCAGGAAAAGGAUUGUUCCACAGAUCCAACAAUUGCCAAGCUGCUGGAAGAGUUCAAAGAUUUGACUGAGUCGUCGAUAGGAGUAGUGCCGCGACCCAUCCAGCACAGGAUAGAGAUAGAGCCUGGCAGUAGAACUCCUAAGGGUGCAGUCUACAGGAUGUCCCCUAGAGAGUUAGAGGAGCUUCGCAAGCAUUUAGACGAACUCCUUGAGAAGGGUUGGAUCAGGCCCAGUUCGUCUCCUUUUGGAGCACCAGUCUUGUUUGUCCCAAAGAAGGAAGGAGAGCUUCGUAUGUGCAUAGACUAUAGGGGUUUGAAUGCGAUCACUGUGAAGAAUGCUGAACCGCUGCCCAGGAUAGACAAUCUUUUAGAUCGGGGCAGGGUUGUCUUGGAGAAGCUUAGAGAAGCUAACUUCAAGAUCAACGCGAAGAAGUGUGAGUGGGCCAAGACGCAAGUUUUGUACUUGGGCCACGUAUUAGACGGAGAUGGCAUCAAGCCAGAGGACAGCAAGAUCGCGGCGAUUAGAGAUUGGCCGACGCCCCGCACAUUGACAGAGUUGCGGUCGUUUCUAGGCUUAGCUAACUACUAUAGGAAGUUCGUGAGGAACUUCUCCACUAUCGCCGCUCCCUUGCGCCGAUUGCUGAAGAAAGAGGCAAUCUGGCAAUGGGACAAAGACUGUACGUUUGCGCUCAAGAAGCUAAAGCGCGCGUUAAUAGAGUAUCCUGUCCUCAAAGUUGCAGAUCCGUCUUUGCCAUUUGUCGUCACCACGGACGCAAGUCAGUAUUGGAUAGGCGCCGUGUUGCAGCAAGACGACGGCAAUGGCUAUAGACCCGUAGAGCUCAUGGCAGCGAGGAUGCCUUGUGAAAAGGUUGCUGCCUCCACGUACGAGAGAAAACUCUACGCUCUCAGGCAGGCUUUAGAUCAUUGGAAGCACUACGUGCUUGGGAGGCACUUCAAAGUGUAUUCGGACCACGAAACGCUUAGAUGGUUAAAGACUCAGGCCAAGAUGACACCUAAGUUGACUAGGUGGGCCGCAGAGAUAGACCAAUUCGACUUUGAGCUCAAGCCAGUGAAGGGCAAGUACAACGUAGUUGCGGAUGCUCUGAGUAGGAGAUCUGACUACUUUGGAGCUGUAGUACACUAUGUGGAUAUAGGGAGAGACCUGCAGGAGAAAGUGAGGCAAGCAUAUGCGCAGGACCCUAUCUAUGCGAUUUUGGUGGCCGACCUUCUCGGCGACGUCACGCGUCCGUACGGCGAGUUACGACCACUACCGGUCCCGUUGAGGCGAAGGGAAGCGAUUGCCAUGGACAUUACCGGCCCGUUCCUCAAACACAAGACCGGUGUGGAUAGGAUUCUCACGGUGGUCGACCGACUCACCAAGUUUGCCAUGUUUUUGCCUUGUCGCUAUCAUGCCAAGGCACCGGAGUUGGCCGAGGUUCUCUACGCCGGUUGGAUUCGAAUAAAGGGUUACCCCAAGGAAAUCGUCUGCGACCACGACACUCGGUUCAUGUCCGAUUUUUGGUUGGCGCUCAUCAAGCGAUGGGGCUCAUCUCUCAAGCCCAGUUCAUCUCGCCACCCUCAGACCGAUGGCCAGACGGAGAGGGCGCAUCAGACCGCACAGGUUCUCCUUCGCACUCUCAUCCGCCCCGACCAGAAGGACUGGGUUGAGCGGCUGCCGGAUGUCGAGUUGGCCUACAACUCCUCUAUCCACCCAGCUAUCGGGAUGUCGCCCUUUGAGUUUGAGCACGACUCACCGGUCACUUCACCAUUGGACACUAGUCCACGAACGGCUGAGAGCGACGACCAUCUUCUUUUCUUACGUCGGAUGCAAGAGCUUCUCGUCAAGGCACGCGAUCAGAUGGCUAAGACGCAGCAACGCAUGAGCCAGCAAGCCAAUCGCCAGCGUCUUCCUUGCCCAUUCCGCGCAGGGGACCUCGUUUGGGUUUCCGCAGCGGAAUUCAGCCUUGAACAAGACAUCUCUCGCAAGCUCCUCCCGAAAUGGAUGGGGCCUUGGCCGAUCGUAGCACCCGCUGGGGACGCACCCGAGGGACCUUCCUUCACGAUUCAAGUGCCCGGCUAUUUGCCCGUCUACCCAGUCUUUCAUUGCUCCAAGUUGGCUCUUUACACGCCAGCGGAACAUGACGAUUUUCCCGAGAGACGUUCGCAAGACCCACCUUCCAUAGACGGUUUUCAGGAGGUCGGCGACAUUAUCUCCUAGCGACGCUACGGCAACAGGCCAACCGAGU